AUGAUCUUUCUUAAAGCCUCCAUUCCUCAUUCCCUCUGUAUCUUUCUCCAGCACCUGGACCCUUUCUUCAAGAUGUCCAUACUGUCACCCCGCCUGCGUCGCUGGAUCGACCCCGGCCCCGAGAGACACUCCUUCUCAAGCACUGCUAUUCUACACGGAAGACCUGCAAUCUGGAAAACAAGAGCUGAGCUAAGGCUUGAGGAUAUCUUACAGGUUGCAAAUCAGUCAUCCGGACCGCCUGCGCAGGCGAGGGCGGGUCAUGUUGCUCCCAACAAGCCUCAGGACACUAAGCCCCGUCUUCUUUUGAUGGGACUUCGUCGGAGUGGCAAGUCUUCCAUCGCCAGUGUUGUAUUUCACAAGAUGCCUCCCAAUGAGACACUCUUCUUGGAAUCAACCACUCGUAUCCAGAAGGACUCCAUCCAUUCUUUCAUGGACUUCCAGGUCUGGGAUUUCCCAGGCCAGUUAGAGUAUUUCGAACCGUCCUUCGAUCUAGAAGAUAUCUUUGGAAGUCUUGGUGCACUCGUUUGGGUCAUUGACGCCCAGGAUGACUACUUGGACUCUGUCGCACGACUUAACCGUACUAUCCUGACAGUCCAGCAGUGUUAUCCGAACAUUAAUAUUGAAGUUUUUAUUCAUAAAGUUGAUGGACUCUCUGACGAGUACCGCACCGACACUUUUCAGGACAUCGUGCAGCUCAUUUCUGACGAAUUAAGUGAUGCUGGAUAUGAGAAUGCCCCUGUUCAUUACUACCUUACUUCUAUCUACGACUACUCCGUUUUUGAGGCCUUCAGUAAAGUGAUUCAAAAACUAAUUCCCAACCUCUCCACUCUCGAAAAUCUGAUCAACACACUGGCCAACAACUGUGGAUUCGAGAAGACUUAUCUAUUUGAUGUUCUGAGCAAGAUAUAUAUUGCCUCUGACACUCGUCCAGUUGAUAUGUCGUGCUAUGAGAUGUGCUCUGAUUAUAUCGACGUCAUUGUGGAUAUAUCAGAACUGUAUUCGUGGGACCAUCCAGACCGCAAAUCAAAGGGGGACCAGACCCGAGAGGCGGAGAGUCAUGUUGUCUUGCAUGAUGAAACUAUGAUCCACUUGAUUGAAAUGAACAAAUACCUUUGCCUUGUUUCUGUCAUCAGAAACCCCGAAGCCAAAGAGAAGAAGGGCUUGAUCGAUAUGAACUGCCGUACCUUUCAGGAAGCUCUCAAUGAUGUUUUCUCACGCAGCUGGGAGCAGGAGCAGGAGCAGGAGCAGAACUCCGCGCGCGAUGAACAGGAGCCAAACCGCUGA